GCCUAAACAUAACCUCUAAUACUAUUUUUAUUUUUAAUGAUGGUGAUAAAUACAUUAAUUAUUCAAGUUAAAUUGAACGAGAGAGUGAUUUUUUCAGUUGAUUGUCACCUAGUACCAUGAACAUUCUACCGAAGAAAAGAUGGCACGUCAGAACCAAAGAGAACAUAGCAAGAGUUCGCAGGGACGAGGCAAAGGCUGCUGAGGAAGAAAAGGCUCGUGAGCAACGAGCUAAGCUUGCAGAGCAAGAGGCACGAACUAAUUUAUUGAGAGCAAAGGCUCGUGCAGUUUACGAUGGCCGAGACACUAAACCUGAAACCAGUCAGUCAAGUGAAACAAGCAGCAAAGGCGGACAUAUAAACUUCUUCCAAGAAAUUGAAGACGGCCUUAUAGCUUUCACUGGAACAAAUAAAGAAUAUGAAAAUGAGAAAAAAGAAGAGAAGGAAAAGUAUGAAAAACAGAUAGGUUACUUGACAUAUUUAGGCCAAGAUACAGUAGAAGCUACAGGAAAUAUUUCAUGGUGGAACAAAACCCCUGACAGACUUUUACCAGAAGCAGAGAAGAAGAAACUGGUAGAUAAAGAAAUGCAUGUAAAAUCCAAACAACUCAUCGAUCCUUUGAAUAGUUUCAGAAGGUAUCUUGGGAUGUCUUCAGGACCAAAAAAAGAAAUAGCACAAAAAGAAGUUACCCUAAAAAAUAAAUACACCUCACCGCUUAAAACUGAAAUACAAUCAUCUAAUAAGUUGAAAAGAAAAAGGGAAGAUGAGGACAGUGAAAGUAAAAGGAAUAAACACAAAAGAAAAAAAUCUAAAAAGCAUAAACGUUCCAAAUCAAAAGAGAAAGCACACCGUAAGAAAAAACAUAACAAACAUUCAUCCGACCAUGAAAGUGACAGUAGUAACAAUGAAGAAUUGCCACAACAACCAAAAUCUAACUUGGAAGAGCUAAGAGCUAAACGAAUUCAGAGAGAGCAACAAGAAAAACUUAGAGCUGAAAGGGUUUUGGCAAAGUUGAGAGGCGAAUCUCUACCUGAAGAUAAACCACCUGAACCUGUUAUACAACAGAAAUACAGUUCUCAGUUCAAUCCACAUUUGGCUAAACAAAAUUUUGAGCAAGAAAGAACUUAUAGGAGGUAACAAUGAUUGUUUGGUUUUGAUGUAAAAAAAGUGUAUAUUCUGUAAAUACAAUUAAAUUAAUUUAAA